ACAUGGGCAACUGUUUGUGUAAAGACAGUGCUGAUGAACCACAGGUUGAUUGCAUCAGGAAUCAUGUAGAAGUGGAGACUGCUGUUGUACCUGGGAAUCAUUGUCGUCCUGGGAGCGUUGAGGGAACUGAUCUCACUCCCUGUUUUAAAUUGCCUACCUCAUCUAAUAUUGAUAGACUGGUGUGGGAGGUACUUGGAUUCGUUGGAGGACUCGUUGACAACGACCAAGAGCAACCAGAAGCGAUGCUCAAGCUCCAUACGAUAGCAGAUAAAGAGGAAGGAUGGAUUCAAGUCGUGAGUUCGAUGGUUAACGUCAUUCCCAUGAACAGUCCUCUGGGUCCAUCACUCAUCACUCUUCUGAUUGAUGACUUCCCUUUACCUUCGAAGGAUUCACUCUUAAAGCUAUCACAAAUGUUCCAACUCUCCCAGAACACUGAAAAGAUCCAAACGAGUGUGAACCAGCAAAGAAACAUCUGUGUAGUUCUAGAAUGCAUUGCAGAAAAACUGGCAGGACCCAGUAGCAUCGCUGUACUGUCCAACGUAAUACUGGAAUACCUUGUUUCAAACCUCAGGGAAGAUAUCGAACCUUACGUUAUUCUAUACUCACUGAUUGCACUGGAGAAAUUUGCACAAACAAGUGAGAAUAAAUUAACAAUACAAAAGAGACUUAUGGCUGAGAAAGAACACCCAUUAUUAAUAUUGGAGACGUGGGCGACUGAAACUAAUUAUGCUAAACGUCAAGUAGGCUUUUCCGCACAAUGGAGUCUGGAUAAUUUAUUUUUGAUAGAAUCAAGAAAAUAUUCCCAUGACACAGUUGACUUAACUGGUAUAAAUGUGAUGUUAAAUGCAAAGGAUGUAAGCGAGUACCUGAAAAUAUCGCCGAAUGGUCUUGAAGCACGCUGUGAUGCAAACUCUUUUGAAAGUGUUAGAUGUACAUUUCAAGUGGAUAGCGGUGUUUGGUAUUACGAAACAUUGAUAAUGACGACUGGUGUCAUGCAAAUUGGAUGGGCAACAAAAAACAGCACAUUUCUGAAUCACGAUGGCUACGGAAUUGGCGACGAUGAGUACUCAGUGUCGUGUGAUGGAUGUCGUCGAGCGAUUUGGCACAAUGCCAGAAGUGAAUCGUACAAUGAUCGAGCACCCUGGAAGGUUGGUGAUGUGCUCGGGUGUUUACUGGAUUUAGAUAAAUUAGAAAUCAUAUUCUCCAUCAACGGUGUACCACUCAAACCCUGUGUAGACGUUUUCAAAACCGCCAGGUCUGGAUUUUUUGCUGGUGCCAGUUUCAUGUCAUUUCAACAGUGUCUUUUCAAUUUUGGAAAUGUCCCUUUCAAGUAUCCACCCACUGAUCGUCAAUUCGAGAGAUUGAAUGAUCAUGCAACGCUCAAUCCGGAGGAUAAGAUUGUUCUGCCUCGGCACAUUUAUUUUGAUCGUCUAAGAAAGUUGAGUGUGAGGGAGGACUCUUGUACGUUGUGUUAUGAUCAGAAAGCCUCUGCGAGGCUGUUACCAUGUGAUCACAGGGGCUUCUGUCAAACAUGCCCAAUGCAACUCAUCGAGUGUCCAAUGUGCAGAGCAAAAAUCAAGGAAAUCGCUUUGGACACCGCGUGACUUUAGUUGUUAUGGCUAGCACUCAACAAUCGAUUCAAAUCAAUUGACAUCCUUAGAAUGCAAAUAUUUUUUUAAGCAGUUACUUCAUCUAUUCUAAUCAUAAACGAUACUCAAACAGAAUUUAAACAUAGUAAGAAGCAGUAUUUCUUAUAAAAUUCAGGAAUAUUUAGAAAGAAAACGAAAGUGAAGGUGACUGAGCUUAAAGAUGCAUUAUGAACAGUAUUGUUCAGAGGACUGAGAGUGCAUUAGGUAACAUUGAGUAAAUGGUUGAAAGAAAUACAAAGGAUAAUAUCAACUAAUCCUGUGCAUUUAUUCUGAUACUCUAUUCGUUAUUACAUUAAUACCUUUCGGGGAGGUAAAAAUUGAAUUUUGAAAAAGGCGAUGAAACAAAUUAUGUGUACAUAUGAUAUGUGUAUAUAAAGAUAAUUAACGUUUUAUCUGCUGCUUACUCCAUCUCAUUAUAUUCCUGCUCGUUGUCCGUUCCUUUCACGAACGAAAAUUUUAAUUUUUUGAAAAACAAACUUCCUACUAGAAAAUUCUACAAUAAAUUAAUUGAGAUACGUUCCAUCCUCUUAGUAGAGGAUGACCAGUAUUUUCUAUAGCUAGGAAACAAUCCUAUUUUUUCUGAUUUUUGCAUCAGCUUGCUUCGGAGCUACAUGAAUUAUAUUAGUUAAACAAUGAAUCAGCAAUAAAGAUAUAGUAAAAUUAAUUGCUGUUUUUAAUAAAAUUAAAUAAACGAGGAAUUAUGCAUUAUAGAAGGAGAAAAAAUGUACAAACUGACUAUUCGAGCAUAAAUUUCUAAUUUAUUAUGAAGAAUAACUGUAUUAUGUGAAAUAUAAUCAAUUUUUCAAUUCUU